AUGAAAGUGUUAAUUGUUUUUGAUGAUGUAGAUGAUUUUAACAAUUUAGAAAAUUUAGCAGGAGAGCGUGAUUUGUAUUGUGAGGGAAGUAGAAUCAUUAUAACUAGUAGAGAUCGGCAAGUACUUGAAAAUAUUUGUUCAAAGGAUGACAUAUAUGAGGUUGAGAAUUUAAUUGAUGCUCAAGGUUUGGAACUCUUUAGCUUGCAUGCGUUCAAGCAAAAUCUUCCCAAGGAAAAAUAUAUGGAGCUAUCAGGGGAGGUGACAAUCUAUGCUGGAGGCAAUCCACUAGCUCUUAAAGUUUUGGGAUCUCAUUUAUUUCGUAGGAAGAUAAAAGAAUGGGAAAGUGAAUUGGAAAAAUUGAAAGGCAAAUCUCUUAAUAAAAUUCAAGAUGUUUUGAAAACAAGUUAUGAUGGGCUAGAAGAGAAUGAACAGGAAAUAUUUUUUGAUAUUGCAUGUUUCUUCAAAGGGGAAGAUAAAGAUGAGGUUGAGAGAAAAUUAAAAGCAUUUGGUUUCCAUCCAGAAGGUGGAAUACCUCGUCUAAUUGAGAGAUCUGUUAUAACUAUUUCAAACAAUAUGUUAGAUAUGCAUGACUUGCUAGAGCAAAUGGGCAAGGAUAUUGUUGUUAAGGAAUGCAAGCAGCCUAGAGAACACAGCAGGUUGUGGAAUUUUGAAGAUAUUGAUCAUGUAUUGACAACAGAUACGGGAACCGAAAAUGUUGAAGGCAUAUUGCUUGAUAUACCUUGGAGUUAUAUUUUAAAGCUAAGUGCCACGGCCUUUAUGAAGAUGUGCAAUCUUAGAUUCGUCAAAGUGAAAAAUUCAUAUCUAAACAUUGCGCUCCCUCCUGCAAACUUUGAAUUUUGUCCACAAGCGCUAAGAUAUCUUUACCGGGAUUAUUAUCCUCUAGAAUCUUUGCCACUAAACUUUUGGCCAAAUAAUCUUGUAGAACUCCAUAUGCCUUAUAGCAAACUCAUACAACUGUGGAAUGGAGGAGAUAAGCCUCUUGGAAAUUUGAAAUUAAUGGACCUCAGCUACUCUUGUCACCUGAUUGGGAUUCCGGACUUAUUUAGUGUUGCCCCAAAUCUGGAGUUUUUAUAUUUGGAACGAUGCGUGAGUUUGGUUGAAAUUCUAUCAGCUCUUAAAAAUCUGACCAAGCUUACUGAACUUGAUCUGCGUAAGUGCUAUAAAGUAAAAGAUUGUCCAGAGAUUCCGUGUAAUAUAAAGAUUCUAACUUUAGAUGACACUGGAAUAGAACAACUGCCCUCAUCAAUUGAGCAUCUGUCUCAACUUGUCAAAUUGUGCUUGUCCGGGUGUGAAGAUCUUGUGAGUCUUCCAAGCACCAUUGGCAAUUUUAAACGUCUUGAAGAACUUCAUCUCAAUGGAUGCUCAAGACUCGUGACUAUUCCAAGCAGCAUAGGCAAGUUGAAAUGUCUUGAAAAAUUACUUCUCUGUGGAUGCCCAAAUUUAGCAAGUCUCCCAGAAAGCAUAAAACAACUUUCAAAGUUGAAACAGCUUGAUUUAAGCCGUUGCAGGAGUCUUAAAAGUUUACCAGAGCUUCCAUCAUGCUUAAAAUUCUUAAUUGCAAAUCAUUGCCCCUCUUUGGAAUCUUCAUCAAUUUCUUUCCAUUUCUUAGAAUAUGAAGAUGAAAAUGAAGAAGCAGAUAAAAGUGAAGAUGAAGAUUCCGUAUUUCUUAAUUUUAGUAAUUGCGUCAAAGUUAACAAGAAAGCACUGGAAGAUGUUUUUGAAGCACAUCUGUUGGGUCAGAAAGUUCGAUUAUGGGUGGUAGGACGUGAAGCGUCAAAAAGGAUGAGUUAUAAGAAUAAAGGAUCCUCACUUUCAUUCAAACUUGACCUUCAUGACUUAAUUGCCUUCUUUUUCUGCGUUGUUUUUCAUUCCAGACAUUCUAAUUUUUUCCUUGAGAGAAUUGAAUGCGUAGUGGAUUUCAAAUAUGAAUCUGGAAAUAGGCAAGGACGUCCCGCUUUUUUUGUCCCAUCACACGUGUUGCUUUCAUUCAAUGGAUUGAGGACACGUUUUGAUGACGAGUGUUUCGUUAAGGCCUCAUUUUGCUUCAGCAUUAACUAUGACGUGAAGUUAAUUACUGAGUGUGGGGUACAUCCUAUAUUUAGUAGAAAUAAAACGAGAAACAGAAAUGGAGAGCAUCAGGAUGAUGAGCAACCCCAUCAGCAUCAGGAUGACAAGGAAGGCGAACCUCCCCUUCAAAGAUUGGAACAAAAAGAUGACCAAAAUGCCACAAUUCAAAGAUUAACAGAAGGAGAGCAACCUCAUCAGCAUCAGGAUGAAAAGAAAGGCGAACCUCCUCUUCAAAGAUUGGAACAAAUUGAGGACCACAAUAACAUUUUGAAUCAUGAGAGGAGGAAAAGGAAGAGGAAGAGGAAAAGGAAAAGGUAA